CUACAUUUCAAAUUUAGUGACCACUCAAUGAAGAGAGAAAACCACACUCUCAUAACCGAGUUCACUUUCCAGGGUUUCUCCAGCUUCCAUGAGCACCAGCUUAUCCUUUUUGUGGUGUUCCUUGCAUUGUACACCUUGACCCUAGCAGGCAAUGUAAUUAUUGUGACAAUUAUCCAAAUUGAUCGUCAUCUCCACACUCCCAUGUACUUCUUCCUGAGCAUGCUGUCCACUUCAGAGACUGUAUAUACAUUGGUCAUUCUCCCAAGGAUGCUCUCCAGCCUCAUGGGUAUGAACCAGUCCAUCUCCUUGGCAGGUUGUGCCACUCAAAUGUUCUUUUUCAUCACCUUUGGUAUCACUAACUGCUUCCUGCUCACAGCAAUGGGUUAUGACCGCUAUGUAGCUAUCUGCAAGCCCCUGAGAUACACAGUUAUUAUGAACAAGAGGGUGUGCGUCCAGCUGGUUUGGGGAGCCUGCAGCAUUGGGCUGAUUGUAGCAAUGACACAGGUGACAUCAGUAUUCAGGUUACCUUUCUGUGCUACCAAGGUGGCCCACUUCUUCUGUGACAUCCGACCUGUGAUGAAGCUCUCCUGCAUCGAUACCACUGUUAAUGAGAUCUUGACUUUGAUCAUUAGUGUUCUGGUGCUUGUUGUACCUAUGGGUCUGGUUUUCAUCUCUUAUGUCCUCAUCAUCUCUACCAUCCUCAAGAUCGCCUCUGCUGAAGGCCAGAAGAAGGCUUUUGCCACCUGUGCUUCUCAUCUCACUGUGGUCAUUGUACACUAUAGCUGUGCCUCCAUUGUCUACCUUAAGCCCAAGUCAGAGAACAGCAGGGAUCAGGAUCAGCUGGUCUCGGUGACCUACACUGUCAUCACCCCCCUGCUGAACCCUGUGGUGUACACUCUGAGGAACAAAGAGGUCAAGUAUGCUCUGCUCCGGGCCAUUGGCAGGAAGCUUUCCUGA